AUGGCGGGAGAAGGUGAGGCGUUGCAGACCGCUGGGUGGUGGGUUAUGGGUGAGAGGUUCCAGUGGAGCUCGUUGGAAUAUGAACGGCCGGCCAUAGGCAUAGGACCAGUGAGCGCCCAGUCCCUUUAUGAAACCCAUAUAUUGCCUUUAGAGACUAAAAAGUCUAGGAGGCCCAUAUUAGCCAUUUGGAUGAGUUUAAAUCCAAAAUUCUAUGUGGCCCAAUUCUUCUAG